CUCCCGUCCCCAUCCCACGCGAUGGCCUUCCGCCUCGCCGUCGCCGUCUCCGUCGCAGCGCCUGCGUCGUGGCCUUCCCCGGUCGCCACCGUCGCCCCGCCCCGCCUCGCCCUCCGCCGAGGCCUCCCGCCGACGUGGCGCGCAGUUCGCGCCCUCCCGCGUUCCCGUGGCGCCGUCGUGGUGUGCCAGGCCCAGGGCGGCCAGGACACUGCAAUCCAAGGUAUAUUUAUGCCCGCCUAGGUUACUCUUCUGCUGCCGGGCUUUGAUUCGCGUUUCGAUCUGACAUGAAUGGCUCGAGUCGACCGCUGAUCUGGGUUACUAUAUUCUGGAGAUGCGAAUAGACCGUUGAGACGAUUGGGUUUUCUGUGUUUGAAUGUGUAGACGAAUAGGAGGUAGGAAAAUCAUGGCAUAGCAGUUCUAAUGAUGAUAUGUUGAAGCAAACCGCAGUGAAUAAGCGAAGGCAUGACAGCUUAUUUUUGUAUAUGUAUUCCUGCGUGCAUUUGUAUAUAUCAUGUUCCAUCACAUGCCUCUUGUUAACAUGAUGCAUCUAAUGCCGCUUGCUACCCAUGUUGCAUCUCAUGCCACUUGUUACCCAUGUUCCAUCACAUGCCUCUUGUUACCCAUGUUGCAUCACAUGCCGCUUGUUAGUUGUUACACAGUGCAGACUGUGAUCCAAAUUUUUGCUCAGUAGAUUUUUUUGCUGGGUUGUUUUGUUGUUGCGCCAUGUGCGAGGAUAACUGGGUGAAAUUUCUGUCCAAUUGCAUAGGUUUGCCAAAUACAAAGUUUGAAAUGUGUCAGUAUAAAGUUUGGAAACUUGGAGUGCAAAGUGUUGAUUAAAACGUUUACAAUAUAGAUGUGCAAAGUCUUAUAGUGUACAGAUAAAUGUUUUCAAUAUCCUUGCAUAAAGUUUCUGAUUUUAGAAUGCAAAGUUUGAAAUUAUCAAGUCCUGACUCUGAAAGUAAGAAGUUUUUAAAAUGGUAGUAGGAAAAAAAAAUAAAUUAUGUUAAUAUUUUUUAAAAGUUCAGCUAUUAGUUGAUGGUCAUCGUGUAAGUAAAUGGGCAUGCAACCUGGCCCACCUGGAUUGCUGCUAGCUGGGUCUGGGUACAUGCAUGAAAAUGUGAUCCACUUCUCCCGCGUACUGGUUACAUGUGCAUCUACAUGGUAUCUGUACUCGUCGCUAGUGGAUGGCAACGUGCGCCCGCUGAUUAAGGGCGUCGUCCAGUAUGUGUGAUGCACCAAUGCAUCUAUGUGACUAGUAUGUGCCCAACAAACUUAAAAGGAGAUGUACACAAAGCACCUGGAGAUUAUUUGCUGUCAUGCCUUUUGUGUACUGGAAAUGUGGAUGCAUCAGUAGGAACUUUCCUGAUGUGAGCAAAUCCACAUGGCAAUCACUUGUGGUGGAGAGCGAGCUUCCCGUCCUUGUUGAGUUCUGGGCUUCAUGGUGCGGACCGUGUAAGAUGAUAGACCCCAUCGUUGGCAAGCUCUCAAAGGAGUACGAAGGAAAGCUGAAAUGUUACAAGCUAAACACCGACGAGAACCCUGACAUCGCAACCCAAUUCGGCAUCCGGAGCAUCCCCACCAUGAUGAUAUUCAAGAACGGUGAGAAGAAGGACUCGGUGAUUGGAGCCGUGCCAGAAAGCACCCUCGUCACCUGCAUUGACAAGUAUGUUGGUGGGAGGUGAAAUAUCAAUCUGAGGCAACUAGCAUGGGUGGGUAUGGGUAUACCGUUCUUAUUGAACUGCUGUUGAGUAGCUGUAUGUAGAUAAUAAUAUGAUUUUCACUCCAAUAAAUGCGAUUUAAGGAUGGC